UCUAUAUUCUAUUUCAACAUUAUUAGUAAUUUUGGACUGGUUAUGGUAAAGCAUUCGUUGAUUUUAUUUUAAAAUGCCCUUACCACCUACCCUUCUCGCUAGAUUAGCGAAAAGAGGAAUUUUGAACAAAGACGUUAAACAAUCAGAAGAAGAAGUUAUCGCGGAAAAUUAUGAUGAUGAUAGCAGCACAAAUCAUUUGUAUAUUGAUGGCUUGGUUGUUUUAGGUUGUCCGAAUAGAUGGAAUCCUUUUCAUAAAUGUUGUUCCUUUUGCCAAAAGCAUUGGGGUAAUGGGAAAGAAGAAGAUGAUGAAAACAAAAAAAGAAGAAUGGCUAUGCUUACUAUAUAUCCUUUACCAAAGGAAUGGAAAGAAAUAUAUGAUCCUUUAACUGGUAGAUUUUAUUAUUGGAAUAUAACUAAUGAUCGAGUGUCCUGGUUAUCUCCCAAUCACCCAAGAGCAAAAAUAACUAUAUCAGUAACUAAAUUAUUUAAAGAUGCUAUAGCUAGGAGUAAGACUAACAUUCAAACAAUUGAAAUUAAAAGAAAACGUGAAAAAGAGACAUUAGAGCGAGAAAAAGAAACCAAACUGAAUAAUAAAGAAAAAACAACUACACCACUUUCCUACUUUAAUUCUAAAUCAAAUUCAUCUAUUAAAAAAACAAAAUCUGAAUUAGAUCCAAUGGAUCCUGCUUCAUAUUCAGAUAUACCCAGGGGAACUUGGACAUCUGGCUUAGAUGCAAAGGACGAAGCUGCAACUGGUGUGGACCAAACUGUCCCUGGCCCCUUGUUCCAAAUGAGACCAUACCCAAGUCCCGGUGCAAUUCUUAAAGCCAAUCAAAGUCAAAAAUCUUCAAAUAAAGAUAAGAAUAAGAAAGGCAAAAGGGAUAAACGGAAAAAAUGAAGGAAACAAUCAAUUAAUUUUUAGAGGUUACAGAGUGUGUUGCUUUAAUUUAUGUGAUUUUUAAAAUAAUAUUAUAUUGAAAUAUAUUUAACAAGAUCGAAUUUUAUACAAUUAUUUUGUUAAUAAAUUCAAUACUUUCUUUUGACAAAAUAAAAAUAUUUCUAUUUUUUAUUUGGACUUGGACUUAAAUCUUAUAUCAGAAAUUAACUAUUAUAGAACAAAAAUUAUAUUUUCAUUUUAUAUUAUCAACUAACAGAUUUAUUUUUAUAUAUUUAAAUUUUACAUUCAAGUUUUAAUAUGUCUUAAAAA